AUCGCAGUGAAACAACAUCAGAAAAUAAAAUAGCAAAAAAUAAAAGAAUCAGUUCAGAAACAACAACGUCGGUUUGUAGAGUAAAUCGUGCGCGCAAGAGUGAAGUGAAAAAAUUUUCUUUUUUUCAUUUUUUGUGAACCUUUUUUUUGUAUAAUUUUUUUGGAAAUGGAAAAAAUGCCAUUUUUUGAAUGAAUUUAUCGACAAUUUCUAGAUUAAAUGUGUGAUUAUUGUGUAUUGAUAAGGCAUAAAUUGAUAAAGUGAGUGGAAAGUCAAUAGAAAGUGGUGAAAAAUUGUGGAAUUUUCCAACAAAGAGAAAAAAAAAAUAAUAAAUAAUCGGAAUCAGUGAAGUGUAAACUCAUGGAAGAAUAAAAAUAAGUUUUUUGUGAGAAAAUAAUCAAAAAAAAUUUUUGCACUUAAAAAUGUCAGAUUUUGUAUAACUGUUAUAAAGACUGUAAAGUUAAGUGUUUGAUGAGAAUUAAUACCGUGAAUGUCUGAAUUAAGAACAGAAAAAAUUUGUGAAUUUAAUUGUCACCCAAAAAAAUCCUCUCGAAUUCAAUUAAUUUGAAAAAAGAAGUCCCAUCAACAUCAUCCUUAUUCUCAUUUCCAUUUUUUAAAUUCAAUAAAAUAUUAAAAAAAUUAAAAUUAUGGGUGAACGCGACAUGGUGAUUGCAAAUGCAGCUGCUCAAGCUGCAACAUGUCUGCAAAUAUCAAGAAAUUUAACCCCUCCACCAUCCGGAACAUCCUCAACACCAUCACCAGUUCCAAAUCAAUCUGCAUCGUCAUCAAAUGGAUCAGGACAUGAUUCAUUGAAAGCAUUGAAUUUACAACAAAAUGGAACAACGAUGACGUCGCCAAUAAAUGCUAGUAAUUUAACAGGCGGUAAUAACGCAUCCAAGAGUAAAGUGCCAAUUCGUGUUGGCUUCUAUGAGAUUGAGAAGACAAUUGGGAAAGGAAAUUUUGCUGUUGUCAAAUUGGCACGUCAUCGUGUUACCAAAAAUGAGGUUGCCAUUAAAAUAAUAGACAAAACACAACUCGAUGCCGGCAAUCUACAGAAAGUGUAUCGUGAAGUUGAAAUAAUGAAGCGCUUGGAUCAUCCGCACAUAAUAAAAUUGUAUCAGGUGAUGGAAAGUCAAAGUAUGAUUUACAUUGUCAGUGAAUAUGCUAGUCAAGGAGAAAUUUUUGAUUAUAUUGCAAAAUAUGGUAGACUGAACGAGCGGGCUGCAAGACACAAAUUUUGGCAAAUUUUAUCUGCCGUAGAAUACUGUCACGCUCAAAACAUAGUACAUAGGGACCUAAAGGCUGAGAAUCUGCUAUUAGAUUCAAAUAUGAACAUAAAAAUUGCCGAUUUUGGAUUUUCAAAUUUUUACACACCUGGCGAAUUGUUAGCCACUUGGUGUGGGAGUCCGCCAUAUGCAGCACCUGAAGUAUUUGAAGGCAAGAAGUAUACAGGUCCAGAAAUUGACAUUUGGUCUCUGGGUGUCGUAUUAUAUGUACUAGUCUGCGGUGCACUGCCAUUUGAUGGAUCAACACUACAGUCAUUACGUGAUAGAGUUUUAUCAGGACGAUUUCGAAUUCCAUUUUUUAUGAGUUCAGAUUGUGAGUCGCUGAUAAGAAAAAUGUUGGUUCUUGAUCCGAGUCGACGUGUGACGAUAGAGCAAAUCAAGCGACAUCGUUGGAUGAUGGCUGAGGUGAUGGAAGUACCGUUAAUUAAUAAUGUGAUGACAUCGAAUGCUGCGUACGAGCCAAAUGAUCAAAUAUUAAGGAUAAUGCAGAAUUUAGGCAUUGAUGCUCAACGGACGCGAGAGAGUUUAAAGUCAAAUAGCUACGACCAUUACCAAGCCUUCUACUUACUCCUUCUCGAGCGACUUAAGAAUCGCACAAUGUCUCAGGAUAACAAUGGAAGUAAUCAAAACGGAACACCAAAGCAUCCAUCCCUUGACUCCCAACGACGUCGGCCAAGUUCAAUAGCCGAGCAGGCAAUGCGUAAGCUUGGCCUUGGAACGCACCAAAGAUCCGAACCACCAAUAUCGCCACGUCAUCAAGCCUCAAUCACAUCAAAUAAUCGUAGUUCUGAAACAAUAUCAAGCAUAAUGCAAACACCAAUACCAUCAAUGAUUUUGCGUGAUACUAGCAUUAGAGAGCAAUCAUCAUCAUCAUCAAUUAAAGAUAGUCAAACAUACUUUCGCGGCUCAUCAUACAAUAAUAACAUAAAUAAUAAUAAUAAUAAUUCGGGCUAUAAUUCAUCAUCGACAUAUUCAUCGCGAGAGCGCGAUUGUAGUUCGCCAUUUUUGAAUAGCAGUAGUGGAUCUAAUAGUAUGUCACCAUACAAUAAUAAUAGUAAUCAAUUGUCAUUAGGAUCGAGAGAGAACAAUUCAAUUAUAUUAAGGGAUAGUGGCUCAAUACAUCAGCAUUCACCACGUGUUGCGUCCAAUCGAUUCUUAUCUGGUGGACUUGAUGCGCAGCGUAUUAUUAAGCAGAGCACGGAGGAUUGUCGUAGAUUAUUGCAGCAGGCAACAGCAGUAGUAGACACAAGUCGAACACAGCAGCAACAGCAACAACAGUCGUCAAUUAUGGCACCACAAGUGCAAAUUCCAUCAGCAAUGCUCGAACAGCAGCAACCGAAUUCCCUCUAUCCCCAAGCGGGACACUUUUCUCAUCAUACAUCACCACAACCGUCGCCUGGAGGUCAAUUUAAUCAGCCAUCAUCAUAUCAUCAUCAUCAUCAUCAACAACAUCGUAUACUAACUUCGUCCAAUAGUUUCGACUCAAAGUCCCAAAUACCGAAUUUCUCAGCAUAUCACAUGUCAGCCGAGGCAGCAAAGCUGUUUGCAACACUUCAGCAGAGUCCAUUGCCGUUGCCGCAAAAUGAUAAUCCAUCGUCAAAUGGCCCAACACCCCCACCACCACCAACAGGAGCAGCAGUGAGGCCAUCACACGAUUCAACGAUUCGUUUUAUGCCACAAACAAAUGCUAAUCCGUCGCCCUCAAAUGUUUAUGCACAACAAAUUCCAUUAUCAAAUGACAUUCAAGCACAACAAUCUGUGACAGCAUCAUUGCAGCAGUCAUCGGCGGCAACAAAUCAAGCACAACGACAUUCCGAUCCAUUGGGUGGAUUAAAAAACGAGAAAAUGUUGAAUUUUGGUGAUUUGGCAAAAACGACACCGCCAUUUAAAGAUUUUUUCAAUAAUUUACACACUUAUCAGUAUUUACAACAGUUGGAGCAGGCAGCAGCAGACUCAAUGCAGCCACGACAUACGCAAAUCACACAACAAUAUAGCUCGAGUACGGACGAGGGUUGUGACACAGACGAUCAUGGAGAAAUGGAUGACACACCAACGCCAACGACAAUCUCAUCGACCAUUCAACGAUUGAAUUCUUAUGCAUCAUCAAGCUCAUCGAGUGGUGUUGUCACAAAUUUUCCAUCAAAAAGCUUGAGCCAGAAUCUAAGUUGUGACUCGUCGCGUAGCAAUUUCUCGACUUUUGAGAGUUUGGAUUUAAAUUUAUCAGACUGUAGUGACUUGGCAAGCAGUUUGCCAUCAUGCGCUGCGAGCGGUAAUGCUAAUGAGGGUGAAAAUAAGGAGGAUGCCACAUCAUAUCGACCCGUAACUUCAUCAUCAACAAUACAUCACCCGUGUGUCUACGUCUCAAUGUCAGGCAAAACGCCAUGCUCAUUUCUCCGUAAUAAUCCAAUGGGACACUUUACACAAAAGUGUCGUGCUGUGACUCGUUCACCUGUUGAUUUUCGUGAGGGACGACGCGCAAGCGAUGGUUUGGUCGCACAAGGGAUUUUAAGUCAAGUUGAUAAUCCACUUAGUUCUGUUGCAUUUAAUAGUCAACGAUUGCAUGAGGCAUGCAAGGCAAAGGGUGUCUUAGAAUUGCACUUGUUGCAACAAGAGGCAGCACAAUUAUCCUCACAAUAUCAAUCGAGUGUACCGCCAGAUGAGAUGAAUGUACGACAAAUGCAACAUAGUCAAUUUCAUAUAACGCCAAUUAAGACAGCUGGAGAUCUAAGUACAACAACGAUUGCAUUACUCAGCGGUGGUGGAAACAACUAUAAAAAUGGCGGACAAGACUGUAGUUAUUUUAAUAAGACCGUCAGUGGAAUCACAUCUGACAUUAAUACAUAUGUUGGAAUGAUGAAGAAUGACUUGGCAAAGCAUGAUAAUGGUGAUUUAAGUGGCAUUAAGCAUAUGACGAUGAAGGGAGAUUCCCAGCAGGCAACAUCAUUACAGAAGCCUCCAUUACAGCAACAACUCAUGCAACAUCGAUUGCUACAGCAGAAACGUCAAACGUUAUUACAGAAACAAGGCGCUAUGGAGACGGGAUUGAUUAGUUUGAGUCGACGACAAAUGUUACGACAACAAAGCUAUAAAAUUGCACAGACACAACAAAUCUUACCACCACUGCCAUUUCCACUAAGCGAAAGUGAAUCAGAAGAUUUGCUGGCAUUUCAGCAAAUUGUUGAGAAUCCAUCAACAUCAUCGCCAUCAUCAUCCCUUAUGAAUUCACCGAAAUUACUUAAAACAACACAUUUGUAUAGUAAUAAUGGUAAUGGAAGUAGCAAUCAGCCAUCAUCAUUAUCGCCAUCACUCUCACCGCAGCCUAAUCAAUCGAGCGAUUCGACUGGAAUAUGGAAUAAUUUAUCAAAUAAUUUACAGAGCUCAUGUCAAAUUAGCGAAGCUUCUACUGCCAACACACUCGAUUUAUAUCAUCAGCCACUUUAUCAUCAGAAUACUUCAUCAUUAUUUCCUAAUUGGAAUUCACCGCAAACACAUUCGAUCUCACCACCGCCAAUAUUGGAAGAGCAAAUGGAGUCAAUUUAAAGAAGAAUUACAUGAAUUAUGGUAGAUAAUUGAAUAAAUUAUGGAUAUAAAAAAACAUUUAUUGAUAAAAAUCAUGUCGAAUUUCUUUCUUUUGUCAUUUUUCCUCUAACCCAACAUACAUUAUGCAUAAAUUAGUUAUGAAAAUUAUUGCAUUUAAAAGAUUAUGGAGCUAUGGUUGGAUGGUACAGAACUCUUUGGAAUAUAAGAAGCUUGUUUUGGUAAUUCAAGUAUUGACAAAGGAAGUUAUGAAUGAUUGAAGCUAGUUAUUUGGUGCAGAUUCCUUAAAGAUACUCUAUGAUGUAUGAAAUAGGAUCAGAGCUCGGAGUCGACUUCAUCUAGUCUGAAGAUAAGCUCUGUUUUGAGUAAACCUAGUAACUGGUCAGUAUAUCGCUUAGUAAAGAGUUUUAGGCACCAAUAGUCAAAUUGUAUAGUUGUGUGUCAAUAUAAAAUUUGUACGGGGACUUGCUCCCUAGCUGCCCAGAUUAAACUCCCAAAACUCAACGAUUCCAAAGAAUCUAAUGCCAUCCAUCCAUAAGAUCCACCAAAAAUACAUACAUAUGGCCCAAAAAAUUACAUAGCUUUGCAUAUGUGAGCUAUUAAAUAUUAUUAUAAAUAUAUUUAUACAUAAACAAUUAAUUAAUCACGAUGCUAGUCAAAAAAUAUACAUAAAAAUAUCUUCAGUGCUUAUGCACGGAAGUUAAUUAUUAAAAUUUAAAGAAAAUAUUGUCCAAAAAAAAUAUGAAUAUGAAGAGAAUUUUUACACAUACACAUUAGCAAGACUGUUUUGUCAAUUUCUUUCGAAUCAUUCAUGAAGUAAAAAGUAAAUAACUUUAGUUGUUUAAUAAAGAAAAUGAUGAAGAUAAAUAAAA